CUUUGGAAUAAUCUCAAGGAUAAUCACACCUGUCCGCUUCGGAGUUGUAUCAUCAUCAUCAAAUCAGACCGCAUCCUUCUCUUCAACCAUGGCAGCCAAGGCAAACGACCACUACCUGACUCUUUCCUGCCCGGACAAGCCUGGUAUCGUGCACGCUGUUACUGGACUUCUGGCCAAGCAUGAAUUGAACAUUCUUGACUUGCAACAAUUCUCAGACCCUACUUCGGAGAAGUUCUUCAUGCGUGUCCACUUCGGCCAUGCCGACAACACCGAACACUUGAAGCCUUCUCUCACCGAGUUGGCUGAGCAAAUGAAGAUGGACUACAACAUCCGUCCUGUUUCUGCUAAGCCUCGUGUUUUGAUCAUGGUCUCCAAGAUUGGUCACUGCCUCAACGACUUGUUGUUCCGUCAAAAGAACAAGCAAUUGCAAGUCGAGAUCCCUCUGAUCGUCUCUAACCACCCUGACUUUGCACCUCUGGCUAAGAACUAUGACAUUCCUUUCCACCAUCUUCCCGUCAACAAGGAAACCAAGUUGGAGCAGGAGAAGCAGAUUCUGGAUCUUGUCAGGGAGAACAACAUCGACCUCAUUGUCCUGGCCCGCUACAUGCAAGUUUUGACCCCCGGGCUUUGCGAAGCCAUGUCUGGAAAAAUCAUCAACAUCCACCACAGUUUCUUGCCUUCCUUCAAGGGUGCCAAGCCUUACCAUCAGGCCUACGAGCGUGGUGUCAAGAUCACCGGUGCUACCGCUCACUUCGUCACUGCCGACCUUGACGAGGGCCCGAUCAUUGAGCAGAGAAUUGCUCGUGUCAACCACGCCAUGUCUCCCAAGGACUUGGUCGAGGAGGGUGCCAACGUCGAAGCUCAGGUUCUGGCUGCUGCCGUCAAGUGGUGGUCAGAGGAGAAGGUCUUCCUUAACGGUACCAAGACUGUUGUUUUCAACUAGACAAGAAAUUUUGUCCAUGUAUGACUAGUUGAAUUUUGGAUGAUCAAGGCGUCUUCAUGGUUAUAGAGAAAACUGGGAUGGCAAUAUAGGGAUAUGCUGGAUGGUGAUUUUCGCAAUAUACAUGGCGGUAUGAUUUUCGAAAAGUACAGUAAAGUCCAACAUUUUCCAUGGCAUAUCACCUUUCAGCAGUCAAGUCGCGAGACGGCCAAUCGCGACUUCCGACACCAUGCUCAUCAUUGAUGGAUGCGGAUGCAAACAGAAGGAAGGGGCUCCUUGGGUGGUCAUAGCUCCUUCCUUCGCUCUGGUGGUGAUGUCAAGGCAAACAGGCAACCCCGCGUUGGCUUCGUUUUUCCUCUUUCUCAAAAAAAUCCAUCGAUCAGAACAACUCCACUGUCAAUUCACUCAAACACAAAUUCAAUCCCAAAUCUAAUCACCUUCAACAUGUCUGGCGCUAUCCCCACC